AUGGCAUCUAGUGCGGAGUCGGCAGAGGACCCGCUGCGGGGUUUUGUGCGGACUUUGGAGAAGCGGGAUGGCACAGUGUUGCGGCUGCAGCAAAAUGGCUCUGGCGGCGUGGGCUGCGUGGUUUGGGAUGCUGCCAUUGUCCUUUCUAAGUACUUAGAAACGCCCGGGUUUUCUGGCGACGGUGCGCACGCGCUGAGCCAGCGGUCGGUGCUGGAACUGGGCUCCGGCACCGGGGCCGUGGGGCUGAUGGCCGCUACUCUCGGGGCAGAUGUUGUAGUCACCGACCUUGAGGAGUUGCAAGAGUUGCUGAAUAUGAAUAUUAAUAUGAACAAGCACCUUGUCACUGGUUCUGUUCAAGCCAAGGUACUGAAAUGGGGAGAAGAAACAGAAGAUUUUCCUUCCCCACCAGACUACAUACUCAUGGCCGACUGCAUAUACUAUGAGGAGUCUUUGGAGCCAUUGCUAAAAACCCUAAAAGAUCUCUGCGGAUCUGAGACUUGUAUAAUAUGUUGUUAUGAACAACGAACAAUGGGGAAAAAUCCAGAAAUUGAGAAGAAAUAUUUUGAGCUCCUACAACUGGACUUUGAUUUUGAAAAAAUUCCUUUGGAAAAACAUGAUGAGGAAUAUCGAAGUGAAGAUAUUCAUAUUUUAUACAUCAGGAAAAAAAAUCGAAAUAUCUAUCAUGAAGCCUGUAGCCAUCUUACCCAAGCCUCAUGACCACCUAGACAACUGAAGAUGUGAAUGAAGCAUGUGAAUACAGCAUGGGGAGAUUCUGUCCACAGCUUUUCCCAGCAUGCUCUCAAGUAUCCAGUUCACACAUGGCAACUUCCAUGGACUGCCUGCAUGAAGCAAACAACUGCCUGCCUGCCGCUGGGCCUGACCUCCACUGCAGGUUCCUUAGCUCAGCAUAGCCUUCUGCUUGAAAGAAAUGUUAGGGACUCAUUCACUUCUCAAGGAAAGACAGGUAUUGAAGUUAGCCUGAAGUCUACCAGAAAUAAACCGUGAAGGAGCACCUGUUUAACUUUGCUUAUUUUGAGGAAAUUUGAGAUAAAUCAAAUUUCUGGAUAGAUAUUUAUUAGUAUCUUAUAAUACUUUAAAAUGUAAGCCAGCAAUUUUAGUUUGUAUUCAGUUAAAAAAAUUUUUUUAAGGUUUUGAUUUUAUACAUCAGGCAGCAUUUAUCAUGUCUUCCACUCCAUUGCUUUUUAAAUAGCUGUAAUACUUGUGUUCUUUUAUUUUAAAGAGCUGAGAACAUUGUUUUAUAUACUUAUACUGACCAAAGUAUUUCUUCUUUUCUUGUACCAUACAUGUCUAUGUGAUGCAGAUAGUAAUUAAACUGUGACUUCCUGAGAGGGAUAUAUGGCAAAUUGAGUUUUGGAGUAGAAGAGAGGUAUUUAUAUAAUUAAUUUUGUUAAGUCUAGAAAGCUCAGUUUUAGGCUCAUACAAUUUGCUUAAAUUGCACAAAAUGUAUUUCAAUUAUGAAAUACAUACAUAAAUACAUGUAUGUACUUCCAGGAAAAUUUGACUAAAAAUAUGAGCAUUAAGCUAUCUUACUAUAUGAAACAGUAGGAGACUUUAAAUUACUGUGAGUGUAGCUCAAUAGGAAUUUACCGAGUGAUUUUGACUCUAUAGUCUCUAAAUGUGACAGUCAGUUAGUUACCUGCUCACAUAGUCUGUUCUGCCGAAGACUUCAGUCCUGCCCCCCUUUCCAGAGUGAUGGUAACCUGAUAGCAUUCUGAUGUUUAUAAGCAUUGGUACUAGGUGGCACAUUUUAUAUGUUAAAAUAAACAUUGAUUUUGAGACCUA